AUGGAAAUAGAAAGCAACUAUAUAGUUGCGAAGCAGAUCCAUCGUUGUCUAUGGUGUUUAGCAAAGGGUUUCAAAUGUCAGGACUUACUUAUCCGUAUAAACUCAGAAUAUAUCAUGUUUUAUUGUUUACCAAUGGGUGGAUUAACUUCAUGCUUUCAGUUUUGUUUUGCUGCUUAUUUAUUUGAUAAAUUUCAAGCAGAUGAAAAUGAGAUAUUUGAAAAAGUCUUCCGUAUAUCUCCACUACUGAAUGCAUUUAGUAAUAUGCAAUGGAUGAAAACUUCCCAUGUUACCAUAAGAACCAUAGAAGGUGAUGAUAACGCUUUAAGAAUUGAUUUAAUAGGAAAAAAUGGUAUAAAUAGACAUCAUGUAAUCUAUUCUGUAGUAAGUUCUAGUGAUAGAAUACUACUUCACCAAAAUGUAACUUGGCUCAGAAGGCAUGCACUGGGGAUAUCUCCUGGAUUACUUAAAGAUGUACUAAAUUAUAUAGAAGUAAGAGAAUCUCAUAUGACUCUCAUGCUAUCACCAGCAGAAUCUCAGAUAAGUUUUAAAAUAAGUCCAAUAUCAUUUAAUGAGAAUAGUAUUGCAGCUAGUUCAGCAGCAGCUUAUCAGGACAUUCAAGUUAAAAAUGAGCAGAUUGACACUAUAUAUAUUUGCAAUGACAUUCUAAUGAACAAUUCCUUUACUUUUAAUUCUAGAGAAUUCAAGGUUAUUAUAGCGCUUGCAGAGACAUGCCAAUUGCCUCUAUUUAUAACAUUAAGAUCUCCUGGGCUCCCAAUGAUUAUUACUAUUGGUCAAAGAGCUAAUAUAGAUUCUCAUUGUAUACAAUAUUCAAGUAUUCCUUUCGAAUACUAUUGGGAAGAUCCACUACGAAAUUCUUACUUAGAAACUAUAGAUGAAGACUACUUAACUAAAACUCAGACUCUUAAUGGAUUUUCGGCUGUAUUUUUAAUGUCAACUACUUUAGUUAAUAAUACAGCUAAUAUAUGUAAUCUUGAAUUAACAUCUCCAAGAAUAAGUCCUGUGAAUGAAUUGAAUACUUUCACUAUUAAGUCUAAUCGAGAUCAACAAAUUCAAGAAUGUAAUUCUACAAAUAAAGAUCUCCUAGAAAUAGUAAAUCAAGUUGCACCGGAGAAAUAUGAAGUGACAACUAAUGAAAUGACCACAGGAUUUAUGAGUCUUCAUUUAUUUGAUAUACAAUCUUUAGAUAAUACAUCUGCAGAAAAGUUUAGUGUGGAUAUCUCACAAGAAGUCCCAAUCCCACCAUGUGAUAAAGGGGUAGUACAGGAUGACUGGCUAUCCUCUAUAAUAUGGUAA